AUGAGCUGGUGUCUCUUUAAGUACUCCACACGGCUGAAGCGUUUUCCGCACGCCUCACACCCGUACGGAGGUUCACCCGUGUGGAACCGCUGGUGCCGCUCCAAAUUGCCAAGGCGACUGAAGGUGCGUCCACAUUACUUAUACAUACCACCAGCCUCCUGCAAGAGGUCUCAAAGGAAGAUGCUACAAUUCUCCACAGGAGCUCUGCUUCUUCUCCUGCCCUGGUUUGGUGGCCUGGUCCUGGGAGAGGUCAGCAGUGACUUUUCCAAGUGCCUUAAGUUCUUCUAUAACAGGUCUCCGCCACAGGGCAUCAAUACAGCCUUGUACCAGCCGAUAUGCCAGCGCUACAAAAACCAGUAUCACUUUGCCAGCCUGUAUAACCGAGAGCAUCGCACACCACUGUACUCUGCCUACACACUCGGCCCUGCAGACGGCGGACGUCCUAAAAUACUUUGGAUGUACGAACCCCAGUUGGUGUCUCCUAGUGCCAGCACUGAAAUGACACCUUUCAAACAAUGGUUUGACAAGAACGUGUUCAACACCCAGGCGGUGCUCCAGGACUACUGCGGCUCCGGAUUCACAAAAGGCCACCUCAAUCCCAGCAUGCACCAGAAAACAAAGGAGAACCGUGAGGCCACCUUCACCCUGACCAACAUUGUCCCCCAGAAGAAAAGCUCCAACAAUGGCCCCUGGAGCCGUCUAGAGAGUGAAGUAAAGGGAAAUUUCACCGUGUUCUGUAAGGGGCCGAUGUAUGUGAUCACAGGGGCCCUGCCUUAUUUGAAAAGAAAACGCUUGAUCAACAACAGAGUGUCUGUUCCUGAGUACAUGUGGUCUGCCUACUGUUGUCCCUCCUACAAAUCUGAACCCAACCCGCCAUUUUUACCCACAUACGCAGCGGUGGGAAGAAAUGACCCAGACAGUGGAGAGGAGGUUGUGAAAAUUGACCAGGAUGCGAGCCCGUCUGUGAAAGGUUAUGAUGUGAAGCGGAUGAGUUUGACGGCUCUGGAGGUCAUCUUGAGACAAAGGCUGCGGAUGCCCGAAAUCAUUCUGUUUGAUGGACAAUGCCGCAAAUAA